GUGGUCGACGGGAAGGGCGUGUUCCGCGCCGACACGCGGUACCAGCUCCCGACGGACGACGGGGCCGACAUCUUUGUGCGCACGGCGGGGCCGGCGCAGGCGGACGGGCGGAUCCACCUGGCGGUGCGGCUCGAGACGAGCAGCGCGGCCUACUACUGGGUCAACAGCAUCGUGGCGGUGGCGGUGCGUACG